AUGAAGCGGGACGGGGAGAUCCGUGCGUGGGGGCACCUGUUUGGUUGCGGGGAUGGGUGGAUCUCGUCCACCCGGGCGGAUCCGGGCCGGAUCUCGCCGGAUCCGGCCGGAGAUGGCGACGGCGUGCCGGCGGCAAGGUGGGCGGCGCUGGAGAGGAGGGAGCAGGGGCGGCGCUCGGGCACCGGGGUGCCGGCGACGAGACGGGGCGGCGGCGGCCAUGAGCUUGGGCGGCGGAGGCCGGGGCAGAGACGAGCUUGGCGGCGAGCUCCACAGGCGGCGGCGGGCGCGGCGCGGCGGAGCACGGAGGCGGGAGGCGCACGGGAGGCUCGGGCGGCCUCGCACGGGCGUGCGCGGGUACCCGAGGCAGCGGGGCGGCGAACCGGGCCCGAAGGGCCCUGCGCGGGCCACGGCGGGCCGGCGGGUGAGGCGCGGCGGCGGGGACGGGCGACUGGUGACGUGGCGGUGCGGGAGUGGCUGAGGCGGCGGAUUGGCGACGUGGCGGGCGUUGAUUGGUCGAAGUGA